CAUCAAGCUGAAGGAGAGAAAACGGGCCUGUCCGCCAUGUUGGCUUCGAAUCACUAAUAUUACCAAGACAAAAAUGGCUUGCACCGUACUAGAAAACUUAGGAUCAAGGAAGCUGUAUGCUUUGGCGGCCGGCUUAACUUUGUUACUGGGAGUAUUCGUCUUAGUUGGAGCUGUCCUUGCACCAUCCCCAUCCAAUGUACAGCAGAUUUUGGGAACAAAUUGUAUUCUGCCAAGGAACAAAGAUUUUUGGGAACAUUGGUCUUUCCCACGUGGAACAGGAAGGUGUGAAAAAAUUUCAUCUUUCGAUGAUAAAAUUAUACAGAAAGAGAAGAUCGUAACACAAGAUGUUGUUUUCUCAUUCUUGAUUCCUGGUGUGAGGGAUAACAUUCAGCUGACCAUGACACCCUGGUUUCAGACCAUUCUUGGCAUUUUAAUGAUGGAGUUGUCAUACAACCCACAAAAUGAACACAAAAGUGAUGAUUUAAGACUAGAACUCAAGCUCGGGUAUCGCAGUAUUUCAGACGAACCGUCAGACUGGAAAAGCUUGGCUAAUUCAACUGAAUCUCGAAAACUGGAAUGCACAAUGGGCCCUGAAGAGAAGGUUCCUGGGGCCAGGUAUCACUGUUCAAUGUUGUCGUUGUUUGAGCUGGGAAGCUGUGCUCAUGAGUUAUACCUUCUAAACCUUCGAAUACCAACUCACAGAGACCUCAAUAAGGACAUUGGAGAACUGAAGGAAAUAACGCUUGUGGUUAUCCACCAAAAUGGAGGCUUCACCAAAGUCUGGUUUUCCCUAAAGACCGUUAUGUUUCCUGUGGUCCUGAUAGCUUUAAUUUGGUAUUGGAGAAGAAUCCGACAUCUUAAUCGAGAUCCAACUCUUUUGGAAAAGACACUUUUUGCCCUGGGCAUCACAAUCACUUUCCUGAACUUUCCUGUCGAGUGGUUGUCCAUCUGGACUGAAACUCCCUUCAUGCUGUUGUAUGUUGAUAUCAGACAGGGAUUGUUCUCAGCCAUGCUUCUUUCCUUCUGGCUCAUCUUUGUUGGUGAACACUCAAUGGAUCAGAUUCAGAGAAAGACACUGGCCUCCUAUUGGGUACAUUUGAGUGCUGUGGCAUUUGGUUGUAUUGCCAUGUUUGUCUUCAAAAUGUGCGAAUGGGGUAUUCAGCUGAAGAAUCCAUUUUUCUCCAUCUGGGUCACAGAUGUGGGAAGAAAUAUGGCUCUGGCCUUCAUCAUCAUCGCUGGAAUAUCUGCCUGUUUGUACUUCCUGUUUCUCAGCUACAUUAUCAACAAAGUGUUCUGCAACAUCAGCGCUAAAAAGACGGCCCUUCCUAGCAUGAGUAGUGCCAGGAGGAAGUGCUACUCUGGAAGUCAUGAGAAAACUUUGUUUACAGGGAUUAUUUACCGCUUCAAGUUCCUGAUGAUCACCACCCUGCUGUGUGCAGCAUUUACGGUCGUCUUCUUCAUCUUGAGUCAAGUCCAAGAAGGUCAUGGUCACUGGGAGGAAAACUCCUCUCUGGAGUACACAUCAGGCUUCUUCAUAGGUGUGUACGGUAUGUGGAAUGUGUAUGUGCUGGCUCUGCUUGCCCUGUACGUCCCUGGGGAAGAAUGUGGAUUAAUAUUUGACAGUAACAAUACCUUUCUUUCCCCUUCCUUGGUGAAUGUGGAUGAAACCUUGAACCAGUAUAAAGUUGGUCAAAACAGGAUUCCAUCAGAGCCUACUGUCUUUAUGGUUGGGGCUCACGCAUGUGUGUCUUAAUAGAGGGUGUAGACUUUGAACUUUUUUCAGGGCAUGUCCUUGUUAAAGGUGGACAGUUGCAGAAAAGCUUCCAGUCAAGACAAGUCUUUGAUUGUAAAGGACUUAUUAUAUAUGUUCAUGAUACAAUAUGCAACACAUUCAUCCUUUGAAAAUAAUUAUACAAUUCUUGGUCAAUAAAGAGGAUAAAGAGGAUAGUGCAGAAAACUUAUAAAAUGGAAAUCCAUGAAUACAACAGGCAAUGUAUUAUAUAUAUGCAAGUUAUGGUACGGUAGCAUAUAUACCGCAUGUAUUCAGAGAAUAAUGAAGCAUUUGUGUUGACUUGCAUGUAAAUCUGUCUUUAGGCAGGUACCUCUAUAUUACUUGUGGUAUCAUAUUCAUGGAUAUUUUUCAGUUCUUGCAUGGAAAAUCAGAGAUUGUCAAAUGCAAAGGAAAUAUUUUUAAGGUGAUGAAAGAAUAUAAGAGCCAUUUUAACAUAUAAGAUUGUUAAAAGAUUCAUCACAGAAUCUGACAAAAUUUAAAUAAAUUGAAAUCUAUAGGUCUAUAUCUGUUAUAGUUUUAGGAUUGUUAUGGACGAAAAAAAGACAGAAAGACAUAAAUUACAUAUUUCGAGCAAUAUUUACAUGUCCAUGGUUUCAGAGCUGCAUUAAAUCUUUUUCUUUUAUGUACCAGUCUGUACGUCUUAAUAUUAUAUUGUAUUCCUGCAUAAACAAGGAUUCUCCUAGUUUGACUAAGCGUCUCCGAGGCUUGGUCCUUUCGCAUUGUUUCAAUUUUAUUGUAUGUUAAACGUGAUGACAACACAGCGUUGAGUAACGCUAGUCUAUAAAGAAGUCUAAUAAAUUGCAAUUAACAUAACUGCAAUUGUUCUUACCUAAUUCUGCUUAAGCCAUGAUGCUAGGAGGCACAUAUUUCACUGGUUUCGUGUGACCAUUUGCCAGCUAUCAUACUGUCGUCACUGCUCAGGUUUUUCUCUCUAUGUUGUACAUCUUAAUUAUAUGUAGUAUAUUGUUUGUUAUAUAUGUCUAAUUAAGCUUUUUCAUAAUCAGACCUAAUUAUUUAUAUAUGUUUUUGUGACUAUUAAUUGUACACGGUACCAUUUUGAAAGAUGUCAAAAGAGACGAAACACGUUAUUGUUUUAAAUACAAGAAUGAUGUUAUAUUCACCCGAUUGUUUGUUCACUGUACACUUCACAAGUUAUUCUCCUGGAUAUACCACAAGCAAGGUCUUCAUUUCUAUAUACAUUACGUUGUAUUUAUUUUAUUUACCUUUCUCAGCAAUACCAGUACUUAUAACACCU